UAUUUAGGGAAAAUGAAUGUUUCCAGCAAAUUGUUGAUUUCUAAAACUGAAAAAGGCUACUGUAGUAGCAGCAUAGGUGAUAAAGAUAAUAUUCUAAAUAAAGUUUGUGAUGGUGAGACAGACUGGAGUAAGGAGAGAAUGGAAGAGGAAAUCACUACUAAUUGAGUCUAUGACUCGUUAUACUUUCCUAAUAAAUUAGCUGAAGACAAAGGAUAUCAUAUUAACUCAAAUAAGGAAGAAAAUAAAUAAUGAAUACAAGAAAGUAAUUCUUCCUCCGUUGAAGAGUGACAAUUCUGGGAUUUUAAGUAUACAUCCUCUAUCUUCAAUACAAGAAGCUCCAUCUAUUGAUGAAGCUUCGAAUAUCACUCGAUUAAUCAGGUUUAAAUCUCGACAAGUGUACUUAAAGCCUCCUACCAUUCCAAGGCUUCCAUCUAAGGCAGAAUCCAUGGCUGCGCAGUAUGCUCCUUCUCCUUUGAAUAUUAGUCCUUAUUAGCCCUACUUAACAUAUUUUAAUAUUUC